AGUGAAUAAGAGAUAAGACAUGCAUCACACUCUGGAGCGACUUCCAGGGAGUCACUUUUAGCUUUCACUGUGGUAGAGAAUGAGACAGGGGACAAGACGGACAGCACACACCUGAGAGGGCCUCACAGUCUUUGGGGAGGGAGGAGAAAACAAGUGUUAGUGUUUGAAGGAAGGAAGAAGAGAAGUAAAGGGUAGAGUUGAUUAAAGGAAGGAAAAGUUCUGCCGUGGAUCCUGGUCAGCACAACGCGUCAUCAUGGCCACCUUGAAGGAGAAGAGGACCUGUGGGCAGCGAUGUGAAGACUUUGGCCAUUUUGUCUGGAACUCAGACAAUGGGACAUUUAUGGGGAGGACACCAGUGAAAUGGGUGUUCAUCAGCUUGUAUUACGUGGCGUUCUACGUGGUGAUGACGAGCCUUUUUUGUUUGGCCAUCUAUGUGCUCCUGUACACCUUGGAUCCGUACAAGCCUGACUACCAAGACCGGCUACAAUCGCCAGGGGUAAUGGUGUGGCCAGACACUUAUGGAGAGGAGGACGUUGAAAUCAACUACAACACAUCAGACAAGAGCAGCUGGAUGAAGAUGACCAACAUCCUUAAUAAGUUCCUGGAGCCCUAUAAUGACACUGCACAAAAAGGAUGUUACAACCAUAACUGCACCAAGGGACAGUUCUACAUCCAGAACACCUUCUCUGCCCCUCACCACACAAAGUGGGCAUGUCCCUUCACCACAAGCAUGCUGGGAGACUGCUCAGGACAAGAGGACCCGACCUUUGGCUACAACUGCAGCAUGCCGUGUGUCAUCAUCAAGAUGAACAGGAUCAUUAACUUUUUGCCAACUAAUUCUUCUGAGCCUGCCCCACAUGUCAACUGCACGAUACUGGAAGGACAAGGCAAUGUGGACAAAAUGGAGUAUUUCCCUGACGGGGGGAUUAUGGAUCUCUCCUACUUUCCUUAUUAUGGAAAACGGGCACAGCCUUUGUAUGUCAACCCGCUGGUGGCCGUUCGUUUCCACCUGGUCGGAGAGAAGUCGGCCAAGAUCCAGUGCAGAGUGGUCUCCCAGCAGAUCAGCUACGAAAACUACCACGACCCCUACGAGGGAAAAGUCGUCUUCUUCCUGAAUGCAGGGAAAUGAGAACCAGAAGAGAAAAUACUCAGAUAUCUCAUAGUCGUGUCGCCUGUUAGAGUGAUAGACGGAGAAGGUGUCAACACAUCAACAACCUUCAAACUACUUAUCCUAAACUUAACCCAACACUGCAGCCACACUUUAAUCUCUUUGCUGUGUUGAGCUUUCAUUUUCUGGUGUGAUUCUUGAACUUCUUUGUAUACUGAAUUUUAGAAUUUGCCACGUAUUAAACAGUGACAUCUAUAAACCUAAAGGAUAUGUGAGGAGUCAUUAUGACUAGACUCUUGAGGUUAAUUGUGAUUUUGAGAUUUCUUUUGAAGUGCUAAAUGUGUCCUUAGACGGCCAUGACAAAUGUAACCAAACAAAAUUACAUUUCUAAAUAAAACUUAAUUCCUA